UGCUGCGGCGGAGCAUCAGUUCCACAAUCUUGGAGCUCCCGAGGAGGCGAUGGCUCCGCCUGCGACUCCAGGAACCUUCGACUUCGGCCUCGCCGUCGGGGAGACGGCUGAUACACAAGAAGGUGCCGUCGUCAAGAGUCUUGAAUCCGGCAAGAAGCAGCCUGUGGAUUCAGUUCGAGAUGGAGGAGAGACCAGCACGAAGCGCUUGGCUGAUUCAGUUGGAGGCGAAACCGAGACCACCAAGAAGAGGCGGUUUUCGGUUGGAGUGGAAUCCGAGACCGCCAAGAAGCGGAGCUGCAGCAGCCGCCUCGGCGCCGAUACAUUCGGUCUGUUCAAGGGCAAGCCCACCGGGGACGGGGAGGGCAUCUUCUCCUCCGGGAUGGAGCUCGCGGCUGGUACUUCAACUGGACAUCUAAAGAGCUUUAAGAAGAAACACAAAGGCACUGAAGGUCUUAUGGAGAUUGGCAGUCCAAAUCUGGUGAAACAUAUUACUAAAUCCAAGGAUGCUCAUGAGUCUGUGAGUCCAGAUGCUACUCAAAAGGCGAAAAAUGAUAUGGCAACGCUUGACUUUCUUGCUGAAAUGCAAGAAAAGUACUCGUUAGACUCUUACCGCCAGAAGUUUGCCCUUACCAACGGGCUACCGCUUCCACCGCCGUCUUGGGAUCGGCUAUGCACACCACCGAUACCUUCUUCCCCUCCUCCUCCUAUUGUUGAGAUCAGCAAUUACAAGGAAGGCAAGAAUGCUAUCAGAGCGUGGAGCAAUGGCUGUAAUGUGCAUCUACAAGUGUCCCAGCAACUUUCUCUUGCCAAUGCUGAGCAAAUAAGUGACCUUGUCAAGGUUGCAAAGGCUGAGCAAGUAAUAGUGAAUCUAUCUGUACUUGAAGCGAAGGUUUCGCAGGCACAGUUUAUUCAGAAGAUGAUAAGGCAUGCCAAGAGUGAAAUUCAGCGUUUCAACAAGAUGUUAUCCUUACCGUGGAUGCCGACUUAGACGGUGCCAGGCUGCAAUCUUUUUUAGUGACAAUCGCAAUCUGCAUGCCGUUGGAACCUCUUGGGUGCUUCUCAGUACAUGGCUGCAGAUUCUCAGUGCGCGCGAAUUGUCCUGGUAGCAGGCACCAAAGCUUAUGUUCAUAGGUUCAGCUUGCCUUAAUAGUUGGAAACUUGGAAUAGAGUGUACUGAAACUCUGCCAUGUGUGCAGUGAGAUGAUCGCCUGUAUUGUAUCAUAAGCAUGUUUCUCUCAUCUGCUGAUGGACAAAUGUUUUCGGUGCAGCAGUCCUGGAAGAAUAGAUGGAUGCGCAGUUGUUUUCUGGAGUAGUUAGUUUCAUCUCAUUUUUUGUGCUCGGGAUGAUUCGAUUUUGGUAGGUGUAGACAGUUAUAGCCUUCAAGUUAAAGAUUCCAUGAUGUAUAUACUUUUUGUCUUGCUUU